AUGGCGAGAUCGGCCAUCAAACUCGAUGAGCUGGACUCGAUUACACAGCAGAAUCAGCGUAAUUCGCGCUUUCUUCGUAUUCCUGUAGAGUUACGCUACGAGAUAUACGGCUUUGUGUUCAGCACUGCUACGGCUUAUCGUAGACCGAACUGGGGCCCUGAAGACAACGAGACACUUGCUGAGUGUCGCGUUCUUCAAGACCAUAGAGAAAUCCUUCAGACCUGCCGUCAAACUCGCCAAGAGGCUAUCUUCUACGAAGGCAGAUGGACAACACUGCACCUUCCAGAGUACGCGUCACUGUUUGAAGUGCCACAACUGAUGACGUGGUACCAAACUAUCACGCUCAAGACCGUCCGCUUGCCCCGAGAUUGUCUGGUGGGCAUCCCCAAGGAUGUCAUGAGGAGAGGUCUGAGAAAGUCGAAUCUGCCAGCGGCGCUUGAUGGAGUCACCCGCGUCGUCCUGGAGAUCAAGGAGUGGACGACGCUGGACCCCGAGGACCCCGUGGUGUUCUUGAGAAGUCUAUUCAAGAACCAAAACCUCAUUGUGGAAAUCACUGGGGAGCAAUAUCAGGAUUUGGCUGGGAACGGCUUCAUGGAGUCAGUUAACUGGUUUUAG